AUGUCGUUCAUUAAUAACGGCUUCCCUGCGCUAGUAACGGCAGAUAAACACGCCACCUUAUUCGCCCCAACGGGCAAUGACAACAUCGCCAUUUCGGUUUUUUAUGUCCUUAACUGGGUCUUCUUCGGCCUAUGCGCUGUUGUUUUCUCCGUCCGCGUUUAUAUCCGCUUCGUCUGCUUCCGAAAAUUAGCAACCGAGGACUACCUCAUGCUCGUCGGGCUUGCUUUGCACAGCGCCCAGACCGUCUUGAUUCAGCUUUACGUUGGCUACAUGUACGACGUCGAGGCCGUCGAAAAGGGCGACCAUUCCAAGAUCAGCUCCGACUUCUUCGCAAACUCCAAGAAAGGCUUCACAGCCCUCGGCGUCUGCGUUUAUAUCACCGUUGUCGGCCUCCUCGUUAUCAAGCUCAACUUCCUGCUCUUCUUCAAGCCUCUAGGCACCGGAUUCCGCAGCUUUCAUAUCGCGUGGUGGAUCGUCACCGUCUUUACUGUGGGUGGCGCCGUCGUACUGUGCGGCCUACAGGAGAUUAGGUUCCUCUGCUUCCCCAUCUGGAUCCUCUGGGGCAGCGGCAUCAACAGGCGCAAAAAGCUCACUCUGAGCUUUGUCUUUAGUCUGGUGUGGGUGACCAUCGCCAUCAGUAUCGUGCGCGGCACCGUCUUCCACGAGCAGUACACCAUGGCGGUGUCUGGCCAGGUGGUUCAGAGCCAGAGUGCUACAUUUACGUGGUUCUGGUUCCACGCAGAGUUGAGCGUGGCCUUCCUCGUCGCUUGCAUCGUCUCCUUCCGCUCGCUAUUUGUGCAGCGGGCUAAAAGGGAGAACGUCCUACGCCAGGAGAAGCAGCAGCGCGAGGCCGCCUACCGCAGUGCCAUCCGCCACGGCCGCGGCUGGCGCGCGAAGUGGCAACAACUUAACGGGAGCGUGCUCGAUAAGUGCAGGACCCUCGAAGACUGGCCUGGCAGCGACGCCGAUUCCCCCCACGGCAGCUGCCACGGUCUUCCUACUGCGCCCUCGGGCCUCAUGACGGUGGACUUUAAUGACGACGCCAACUGGAAGAAGACCGCGGGGGGCGUUGUCCAUAUGACCACCGAGACUACCGUCCGGAAAACUGCCGAUUUCUAUCCACAGUCCCGGGGUCUCCAGUGUUCCCAAGGCCCUGCGCCGACGGGCUCGAUGCAUAGCGAGGAGGUGCUGCUGCAGGAUCCGGAGGCGGUGCAUGUGAGGCAGAAUGAGUACAAAAUAGGGGUAACACGGUAG